GGCUAGCCUAGGAGAAGUUUCUGCUUUGACGUAUUAACCUAGUAACAAAACAUCAAUGGCUGCACUCAGAGCCACCCUUGGCCACGAGCUGCUUCGGCCUGUGGCCGGCCCUGCUCGCGCAGUGGCCGCUUUCCGCCCGGCUGUUCGACCAGUCCGCAUUGCUCCCGUCGCCUCGCGCAAAGCGGCCACUGUAGUAUGCAGCGCAGCAGCAGAAGCCCCUGCUGUGGAGGUUUCUGAGCCAGUCGUGGGCGUGUCUAAGGCUGGAGUGGCUCAUUUGCGCUUCCAACGCGGGUCGGCACACAAGGUCCGCCGUGUGCUGGACGUCAUCCGCGGUCGGUCCUAUGAGGAGGCACUUGUGCUCUGCGAGUACAUGCCCUACCGCGCUUGCGAGAAGAUCAUUAAGUGCCUGAUGUCGGCUGCUGCGAACGCCAAGCACAACCAGGGUGCGCUGAAGACCAAGCUCUACGUCAGCGAAUGCUUCGCGGAUGAGGGCCCACGCCUGAAGCGUGCCCGCCCGCGGGCUCAGGGCCGCGCCUACAUGAUCCUGAAGCCCACCUUCCACAUGACCAUCAAGGUGGAGGAGCGCCAGUGAGGGGCGCCGGAGUGCAGCAGCAGCAGCGAGGGAGAGGAGUAGCGCAGCAGCAGCAGCAGCGAGGGAGUGAAUGGGGCAGGUGGCGGGGUUGCUAACUUGCUGCCGGUGGUGGUGUCCUCCAGGCGCGCUAGUCAGCCCUGACCCUGGAGGGUGUAUAAAGAGGUGGCUCGGAGCGGACUGCUAAUUAGCUGCAGCUAAGCGCAUGGGUGUGUUACCGUACCAUAGCUUGAGGGUGUGAAACUGAUGGAUGACUGAGAGGCGGGUUAGGAUCAGCUGUGGACAGUU